UGCCUGCCUGCCUGGCCUGUGGACCAGCCUGCCUCUCCUGCUGGCCACUGCCUUUCGUCUGGGGCUGGCAUCUCUGCUCUCAGUUCUGCAGCCUGGGCUGUGUCUUCCAUCACUUUGGGGCUGGACAGGGGCCGGGCCAGACACUGGGACCCGCCCUCCCAUCACUGGGCACCCCUCCUUCCUCAUUUUGCUGCUGAUUCUAGCCCCAAACAAAACAGGCUGAAUUCUUUUCCUCCCUUGGCAGCUCGUCUCUGGCUUGUGGCUGCCUUCUGAGGCACUGGAGACAGUGCCAGCCAGGGAGGGGGUGCCUGGGCUAGCUCUGCGGUGACUGAGACAGAGUGCCUGGCUCCUGGCCCUGUGCAGCCCUGCCUGUGGCAGGAGAGUGAGCUUUGCCGUGGCAGAUGCCUGAGGAUGAUGCCCCAGCUUCAGUUCAAAGAUGCCUUUUGGUGCAGGGACUUCACGGCCCACACAGGCUACGAGGUGCUGCUGCAGCGGCUGCUGGAUGGCAGGAAGAUGUGCAAAGACGUGGAGGAGCUGCUACGGCAGAGGGCCCAAGCGGAGGAGCGGUAUGGGAAGGAGCUGGUACAGAUCGCCCGGAAGGCUGGCGGCCAGACGGAGAUCAACUCCCUCAGGGCCUCUUUUGACUCCCUGAAGCAACAAAUGGAGAACGUGGGCAGCUCCCAUAUCCAGCUGGCCCUGGCCCUGCGCGAGGAGCUGCGGAGCCUCGAGGAGUUCCGUGAGAGGCAGAAGGAGCAGAGGAAGAAGUACGAGGCCGUCAUGGACCGUGUCCAGAAGAGCAAGCUGUCACUCUACAAGAAGGCCAUGGAAUCCAAGAAGACAUACGAGCAGAAGUGCCGGGACGCGGAUGACGCCGAGCAGGCCUUCGAGCGCAUUAGUGCCAAUGGCCAGCAGAAGCAGGUGGAGAAGAGCCAGAACAAAGCCAAGCAGUGCAAGGACUCAGCCACAGAGGCAGAGCGGGUGUACAGGCAGAGCGUGGAGCAGCUGGAGAAGGUGCGAGGCGAGUGGGAGCAGGAGCACCGGACCACCUGCCAGGCCUUCCAGCUGCAGGAGUUUGACCGGCUGACCAUCCUCCGCAACGCCCUGUGGGUACACUGCAACCAGCUCUCCAUGCAGUGCGUCAAGGAUGACGAGCUCUACGAGGAGGUGCGAGUGACACUGGAAGGCUGCAGUGUGGACACUGACAUUGACAGCUUCAUCCAGGCCAAAAGCACGGGCACGGAGCCCCCGGCUCCGGUGCCCUACCAGAACUACUACGACCGGGAGGUGGCGCCGGCAUCCAGCAGCCCUGGCGUCCAGCCGUCUUGCGGUAUGAUAAAGAGGUUCUCCGGGCUGCUGCAUGGAAGUCCCAAGACUGCAUCAGUGUCAGCGUCUGCAGAGACCCUGACCCCGACCCCUAAUCGGAAUGAGGGUGUCUAUGCCACCAUCGCGGUACAGGAGGCGCCAGGACCCCCUACCCUGCCAACCCAGGACUACAGGGCACUCUAUGACUACACGGCCCAGAAUUCCGAUGAGCUGGACAUCUCUGCAGGGGACAUCCUGGAGGUCAUCCUGGAAGGGGAGGAUGGCUGGUGGACAGUGGAACGGAAUGGGCAGCGUGGCUUUGUCCCCGGUUCCUACCUGGAGAAGCUCUGAGGAAGGGGCAGCAGCCCCAACCUGGACCUUCCCUGCUCAUGGGGCCACCAGUGCCCCUCAUCACUGCCCUGGCCCUGCUGGGGCCCCGAGACAGACCUACUCCUCCAGGACAGGUGCUGGCCAUUCCCCGGCAGUCACUCCCACAGAGAAUAAAGGAGUGCAUUUUUC